CCUAGCCUAGCCUAGCCUAGCCUAGCUAGCGACAGACAGUGCUAGCCUAGGCCUCGAUCUUUGUGUUUAUUGGAGCGUGGUCUCGGCGGACACACCGGCGUCCGGCCGUCCCCGCACUGGCCCCACGUUGCCGCUCGCCCUGCUGCCUCGUGUCCGACACGGUGGACGUUCUCCUGGGAGACAGUAGCGCCCGCGAAGUGAUCAAAUGAUUGUAGCCCUACAAGCUAACUUGGAAAUGUCAGCUUCCGCAAAACUUGCACCACAUUCGGGGGCUGCCAUGCAAAGCCCAGUGCAAGACUUGUUUUGAACGCAAAGCGCCGGUGAUGCACAUCUGUUAAGGGGAACAAGUCGGCAGGUCUUCUUUAGGGGGUCAUUUCUAUCUGUUGUUGUGGUGAGGUGUUCGAAUUCCAAGGAAGCAUAUCUGUUGUGUUUGUUUUGGCUCUGUGCACCACUCCUCUCAUCGUCAGUGCCCUGUGUCAAAUCAAAGCACUGCCAAAAAAUAAUGUCAAUUCAUCACUGAUGCUGUGCAGGUGGAGAGAAAUCACAGGACAGAGGAAGAGGAGGAGAGCCACUGAACUAGACGAGGCAGCCGAGAGUAGGGAGCCGUGGGUGUGUCUGCGAUGGCCGGUGGAAGGAGAGGGGCGAACCGCACCACGUACUGCAGACCUCCACUGAGCAGCGAGCCCGGCUCGGUCAGCAACGGCAACCACUCGACCAGCUCCCCGGUCACGGGGGUGCGCUCUCGUACGAGGAACGGGUCGGGGACGUGCAUGUCCAGCCCCCCGCUUGCCGCCCAGACGGUCGUUCCCCUGAAGCACUGCAAGAUCCCAGAGCUGUCGGUGGACUGUAACGUGCUGUUCGAGCUCCACCUCUUCAUCUGCCACCUCAUUGGCCUCUUUGUCCACUAUGUCAACAUCUACAAGACUGUGUGGUGGUACCCCCCCUCUCACCCUCCCUCACACACGUCACUGAAUUUCCACCUCAUUGAUUAUAACAUGCUGGUGUUCACAGUCAUCAUCCUGGCAAGGAGGUUGAUUGCAGCAAUUGUUAAAGAGGCAUCACAGAGCGGGAAACUCUCCUUCCCCCAUUCAAUCUUUUUGGUGAUGGCUCGGUUUGCUGUGCUAACGCUGACGGGCUGGAGCUUGUGCCGCUCCCUCAUUUACCUAUUCAGAACCUACUCUGUGCUCAGCCUGCUCUUCCUCUGCUACCCGUUUGGAAUGUAUAUUCCGUUCUUCCGGCUGAACUGUGACUUCCGGAGAGUCGGCCCGCUCUCGCCCAUCGCCAGCAUCGGCUCCAAAGAGGUAGGCAGCGUGGGCCGGGGCAGGGACUACCUGACCGUGCUGAAGGAGACGUGGAAGCAGCACACCAGCCAGCUGUACGGCGUCCAGGCCAUGCCAACGCACGCCUGCUGCCUCUCCCCGGACCUCAUCCGCAAGGAGGUGGAGUACCUGAAGAUGGACUUCAACUGGAGGAUGAAGGAGGUGCUGGUCAGCUCGAUGCUCAGUGCUUACUACGUGGCCUUUGUUCCCGUCUGGUUUGUCAAGAGCACACAGUACGUGGACAAGCGCUGGUCUUGUGAACUUUUCAUCCUGGUGUCAGUCAGCACGUCCAUCAUCCUUAUGAGGCACUUGUUGCCACCUCGAUACUGUGACUUGCUUCACAAAGCUGCAGCUCACCUGGGCUGCUGGCAGAAAGUAGACCCCUCCCUCUGCUCCAAUGUCCUUCAGCACAUUUGGACAGAGGAGUACAUGUGGCCACAAGGAGUCCUGGUCAAACAUAAUAAGAAUGUGUACAAGGCCAUGGGCCACUACAAUGUUGCAGUUCCAUCAGACGUGUCCCAUUAUCGCUUCUAUUUCUUCUUCAACAAGCCUUUACGAAUACUGAACAUACUCAUCAUCCUGGAAGGUGCUAUGAUAUUCUACCAGCUCUACUCACUGAUAUGCUCAGAAAAGUGGCAUCAGACGAUAUCGCUGGCUCUGAUUCUCUUCAGCAACUACUACGCCUUCUUCAAACUUCUGCGAGACAGAAUAGUCCUGGGAAAGGCAUACUCGUACUCAAACAGCUCAUCAGACCAGAAAGUCAGUUAAGAUUUAAGUUAUUGUCCGUCACAUUCACAUUGGAACAAGACAAACACGCCUCAGAGCUCCGUAUUUUAUAAACUGCAUUUUGUGUCACGUCUUUGUUCAGUUCUGCCAUAAUAAAAAGAAAUAUUUUUGUAUUACUUCAAA